AUGUCGCCGCGCUAUCAAUUUAGCAACUCCUGGCCUUCUAUUUGGCAUGAUAGCUGGUCUAAUCACCCUCAUGGAUUACUUGCAGCAGAAGGCACCUCUUUCGAUACACAAAUCCUUGGCCCAAAGUUUACUGUAACCACAAUCCUCCAGCGAUAUCAGAACUUCCUCAUCACAACAAACUUGGCCAGAGAUUCUCCACCUUCCCCUGCCUGUGAAAGCAGAGAACAUGAUCAGGCACAGGUCCACGGAGCUCGUAUCCAAGCCCGUGAGGCGCGCUCUUCAAGACCCAAGGCCAUAAACAGAACAACCGGCAUCACGGAAGUGUCGGCCGCCAGCGGGGGGCUCGUGCCUGACAUCGCGUUCUAUCCCGCGCAGCAGUUCGGGGUUGGUCCCGACAGAGCCCCCGGAGAUAUGAAAUCUUCGUGGAACUGGCAUACAGGACAGGCAAAUGGCUCUCGGUCUCAACGCAAAGAGUAA